AUGCAGAGCGACGAGAACAGCGGACCUACCGGCGGCAGGCCGCCGAGGGGCCAUCGCCGACCCGCGAGAUACGACAACACAGGCGAAAGUGGUGCUGCCUGUGGUCAUGGGUUGGGUCAUGGGUUGCAGCAGUCUGCUGCCGCCGUUGAUGAUGACAACGGCCGCGGCCGCGACCCUCUCCCGAGCCACGCCUCUCGCCGGCUGCGCGUGGCCGCCCCCGCCGCUGCCGUAGAAGCGGAGGGUUCGCGAUGCCCCCUUACGAUGCUGUCGCAAGCCGCCGGGGUCGCCGUGGCGGCGAAAAAGCGGGACGGACGCCGCAUGCACUUGGGAGGUCAGACAACAGCGGUGCAACGGCGGGCCUUGGAGCCCCGCCAUCAAGGUCGCUCGGUGAACGCUGGCAACCUGUCCGCUGACGGAUCUGGUCGCGCGGACACGCUCGGGAAUAACACCGACGAAGGGGACUCGGACUUGGAGAAGGACUUGGAGAACGAACUCCCCCCGAUACCCAUCACGCCCUCCCUCGGCAGUUUGCUCGAUGACACCGACACCGACGAGGGGAGCGAGACGGACCAGGGGCGCGCAGAGAACAAUCCACCCGCAGCCGCGGAGAGGCCGAAGGGCAAGGGCAAGGGCAAGGGCAAGGCCAAGGCCAACAGCACGGGCAACGGCAGGGAUGGGGAUGGCGGUGCCGGUGGGAGCGCGGAUUCAGGAAAGGCUGAGUCGAAGAAGGUGAUGACAGCUGCCGCGAGGGCUUUCGAGAAGAAAAUGGAGUACAGGGACAUGCCGGCGGUGCUUCUUUCGAGACUCUGCACGCGCCGCGGCAUCAAGGGCAUGUCGAGGGAGCAGAACCGAGGGCUAAUGGCAGCAAGGCUCGUUGAGUUGGACACAGAGCUCAAGCGCAGUAGCCCCUUCUACGGUGACAUGGAGGCGAUCGCAAGCGGUGAGGCACCCGCUGCGGCAUGA